GCAGUGCGGCGGGGCGGGAGCAGCAGCCGCCGGCCCAGCCCGGCCCUGCCCCGGCGCAGCAUGGCUAAGCACCACCGCACUCCGGCGCGCAGCCCGGAGCCUGUCAUCGAGGUCAAGAGCAAGUUCGAUGCUGAGUUUCGCCGUUUCGCCAUGAUGCGCUCCAGCAUAGGGGGCUUCCAGGAUUUCUACCAGCUGAUUCAGACGGUCCACCAGAUCCCCUCUGUGGAUGUUCUCCUCGGGUAUACGGAUGUCCAUGGAGAUUUGCUGCCCAUCAACAAUGACGACAAUUAUCACAAAGCACUCUCGUCUGCUAAUCCGCUACUCCGGGUUAUCAUCCAGAAACGGGCAGAAGCCGACUCCAGUGUCUUUGCCUCCAACUCGCUGCAACGGAAGAAGAAGGGGCUCCUGCGCCCAGUGCACCAGCGCACCAAACCACACCUGCUGAUCGGUAUGCCGCAGGAUUUCCGCCAGAUCUCCUCUAUCAUCGAUGUGGACAUUCUGCCUGAGACACACCGGCGGGUGCGGCUGCAUAAGCAUGGGUCUAACAAACCUCUGGGCUUCUACAUCCGGGACGGCAUCAGCGUGCGCGUGGCCCCGCAAGGGGUCGAGAAGGUGCCCGGGAUCUUCAUCUCGCGCUUGGUCAAAGGGGGGCUUGCUGAGAGCACCGGGCUCCUGGCUGUGAAUGAUGAGAUCUUGGAGGUGAACGGCAUUGACGUGGCAGGCAAGUCCCUGGACCAAGUGACGGACAUGAUGGUGGCCAACAGCCACAAUCUCAUCAUCACAGUCAAGCCAGCCAACCAGCGCAACAACGUGAUCCGCAGCAGCAAGGCCUCGGGCAGUUCUGGCGUGUCCACGGACAGCACCCCCAGUCAGCAGACGCCCAGCCCAGCUUCCCAGUACCUGAGCAACUGCAGCACAGCCGAGGGGGAGAGCGACGAAGAGGGCGACUUGGUGAUCGAGAGCGAUUUGCCCGCCAGCUGUCCCAACGGGGGCCUCCUGGAAAGCCUGCAACACAGCUUGUCGCUAUACAGCUCUCAAGGCUCUCUGCCUUCCCUGAACAGUCACAGCGGUAGUGGAAGCCCAAUCCGAGGCAGCCGAGCUGGCAGCCUCCGGGAAGAUGGUACAGUCAUCACGCUAUAGCCCUGGGCACUCUCCUCCUUGUGCCCUGUAUCACAGCAUUUCCAAGGUCAGUUUGGUCGACCGCCUUACUCCUGGCCAGUGGGACGGGUAGGUUUCCCCAUCUGGAUCCCGAGUCACUACCUAGUCCUGUUCUCUCUCUGACCUCCCAUGCACACUGCCUCACAAGCGCCAAUGGUGCUGUCUCCAGCUGCUGUUACGAAGAUGGCAGCCAGGAUUGGAGCAAUAGCGGGUGGGAGGGAACAAUCCACUUUCCCCAAACUCCCUUCCUCGUCCCCAUUGAACCAAAGUUAUGGGGUUUUUAUUACCUUCCUUGUUUCCCUCCCUUCAGCCACUGUCUGUGCUCCAGGUGAAAAGAGGGGGGCUGCCUCUUACCGAAACAGUCGGCCCCUGCCGGCUCUCAUGAAGUGUUUGGUUUUUAGUUGUUUGUUUUUAUGAUAACAUGCAUCACAGAUUAAUAUAUUG